CCCAGCCUCAUCGCGAUAACCGCUCUCAACACCGCCAUCGCCAUCGCCACGCUCCCCAAACCCAUACACCUCGCGCAUUCACGACUCGAAAGCGCGCAUUAAACGAGACGAUCACGAUGCAGCUCACAACUCUCCUGCUGGCCGGCCUCAGCGCCGCCAGCGUCUCGGCGGCGCCCUCGAUAGGCUCUUCGUGGGUCCCCAACCAGGUUACUAUACAGGAAGAGUUCAAGGUGCCUGGCGAUAACCCGCUGUACUUCUGCGCCGACCCGGCGGACUACAUUCUGCAGAUCGACAAGGUCGAUUUGGACCCCAACCCACCCAAGCCUGGCGAGAAGCUCUCCAUCAAGGCCAGCGGCGACUUCAAGGAGCAGGUCGGCGAGGGCAGCAAGAUGCAUCUGCAAGUCAAGUACGGGCUGAUCACCCUGAUCAACCAGGAGCGCGAUGCGUGCGAUACGAUCGAGCAGGCGGACCUUAAGUGCCCGCUGAAGAAGGGCGAGCUAAGCCUGACCAAGGACGUUGACCUGCCUAGGGAGAUUCCCCCGGGUACAUACACCGUCCUGGCCGAUGUUUACACCGAGGAAGGCGACAAGAUCACUUGCCUGACUGCCAAGAUUGCGUUCCACCGGUAAUUGCUUAGCACAACAGCUCGCCUCUCUCCUAAGGCCUCGUCCAGCACUACCGAUAACAGCAAUGAAAACAACAGCAAUCCACCUGAAAAGACAGACGGCUCUAGAGUGCCCAGUUUUGGCAAUGUAAAAGCUGGCAAGUGCAAGUUUGAAAUGUCUGGACCGGCGGCUGUGCUGGUGCAGCAGAGGAUGGCUGGUUGGCUGCGGCGCAAUGAGUUGUAGUUGAAUGAGUAGUACCAUGUGAUGGUUGACGUUCCUGGAUCUGUUUAUGACGGCCAUGGCAUAAUGUAUAUACGACGAUGCAAUGCAUAUUUUACUUCUCAUGCUCUGGGUCACUCUCAAUAAUUGUUUCACGCCUCCACAAGUUCUGUCGACUCCAAGUCAUGAACCACCACUUGAGUCAUGCAAGCUGUGAUCGGUGCUUUAUGUGGAUAUCAUUCGCUCCAGAUCAUGUGUACACUACCAUU